AUGUCUGAUUUUGUAAAUUCUUGGGGAAGGAACCAUUCUCCUCGCGGCAGAAGAACUUUCCACAGAGAUGUUGAACAAGAAGAAUUCCAGUAUGCAAGCAGCCAUUGUCUCUCAUCUUACUACAGUGUGUUUGUAGUUCGCCUUGCCAUCAUGGUGAUGCUGGCAAUUUUGAUUGGAAUGCUAACCUUGUUGACGAUACAUUUUACGAGGGCAUACACAACAAAAUCACUGGAAAAUUUAGCAUAUGUCCUUCGUUAUGAACUUCUACAGCGUCCCAUAUUACGAAUGUGGAACCUCUUGAAUUCCACUGUUGAAAUAACAACAACACAAGUUAAAUUGUCAGAGUAUGUGAUCAAACGGUACAGCAAAGCAGUUAAUCAAGCCCAACAAGUGGAGCUAUAUGAAGUAAUGAAGGAUGUAACCUGGGCACUUUUUGCAAGCCGUACAGCUCUUAACGCCAUAACCAUAAAUUACAGAAAUGGUUUUGUCCAGGCUUUCCACAGAGAUCACAGGAAUAACAAUACAUUCUACAUAUACUCUGACCUUCUGAACUAUUCAAUCAACAGUUAUCAUGACAUCAACACAGUUUCAUCUCAUCAAGGGUGGAGUGAUCAAGCCGUACACAGUAACAUUUCGGCUGUUUGGUACAAAGAGCCACUUGAUCCUAUCACUGGUCAAAAGAUCGGGAAACCAACACCUAUCCGUCCAGAUGAUCUAAUCAACGUUCCAGGCCUUUCAGAGGUUAGAGAUGGUGUAGCUUCUUGGAAUGUAGCGGUGAGCAAAUAUACAGAUUCACCACUUCUCUCAGCAGCAUUGCCAGUUUGGGAUGCUUACAAUGAAAAUAUUGUGGCUGUUGUGGGAGUUAAAACUGCACUUUAUAGUGUUGGUCGUCUGAUGAAAGAGCUUGUUGAAUUCCAUAGUGGACAUAUUUAUUUGACCUCUCAAGAAGGGUGGCUGCUUGCCACUUCCUCUAAUACUCCACUUUUGAUGAAUUCAACAACUGGGCCAAAGCUUAUGAUGGCUAUUGAUUCUGAGGACCGUGUAAUACGAUUGGGAGCUGAAUGGCUAAAAAGAACCUAUGAAGAUAAGUUUCCUCCAAGUCAUGAGGUGGGUGUCACCAUAAUCCCAAGGAAAUACAUAAUGGGGAAGGUGGAUGAGAGAGCCCUAAAGACACUAAUUAUAUUGAUAUCUAUGUCACUAAGUAUCCUAGUCGUUGGUUGUGUUUGCAUUUUCAUCUUGACAAGCGGUGUGUCCAAGGAGAUGAAGCUAAGAGCAGAGUUAAUAAGCCAUUUAGAUGCCAGGAGAAGGGCAGAGGCAUCUAGCAACUACAAAAGCCAGUUUUUAGCAAAUAUGAGGUUCCGUUAUUCUUUUCAUACAUUGUCUCUAUUGACUAAUUCUCAUGAUAGUCAUGAAUUGCGGACACCUAUGGCGGCAGUUAUUGGACUACUGGACAUCCUCAUGUGUGAUGAUUGUCUCACCAAUGAGCUGUAUGCAACAAUUACGCAAAUUCGUAAAUGUUCAACCGCAUUACUCCAGCUUCUAAACAACAUUUUGGAUCUUAGUAAGGUUGAAUCUGGAAAAUUGGUGCUGGAAGAGACUGAGUUUGACUUGGGUCGAGAACUUGAAGGGCUUGUUGAUAUGUUCUCUGUGCAGCGGAUUAAUCACAAUGUGGAGACUGUUCUAGAUCUCUCUGAUGACAUGCCAAGAUUAGUUCAAGGAGACUCGGCGAGAAUUGUUCAGAUAUUUGCAAACCUAAUUAGCAAUUCUAUCAAGUUUACAACCUCUGGCUACAUUGUUCUGCGUGGAUGGUGUGAGACUCCAUAUGCUUCUGGUAACACAAGGAAAUCUUCCUCCAAUCCAAUUGAUUCAUGGUGUACACACAAAACAAAUAUGAAGCAACACAUAAAUCAGGCUAAAAGAUCCUUAAAGAAAGAGAACAAAAUGAUUCUUUGGUUUGAAGUUGACGACACUGGCUGUGGAAUUGAUCCGAGCAAAUGGGAGUCUGUUUUUGAGAGCUUUGAGCAAGCUGAUGCUUCAACCACUCGCACGCAUGGUGGCACUGGUCUUGGCCUGUCCAUUGUUCGAACAUUGGUUAACAAGAUGGGUGGAGAAAUCAAAGUUGUAAAGAAGGAUGGCCCAGGGACACUAAUGCAAUUGUUCUUGCUUCUCAGUACUCCAUCACAUGCCACAGGACAACAUUGUGAACUGAAGUUAACUGAGCAUGGUUUGAUGGUCUUACUCGCACUAAGUGGCAGAAUGAGUAGAUUGACCAUGUCCCAUUGGUUGCAGAAAAAUGGAGUUUUGACUUUGGGAGCUUCUGAUUGGAAUGAAUUGACACAAAAUCUUCACAAUCUCUUUCAAUCUAAAUGUUCAAAACAUGAAGCAUUAAGCACACAAAAAGUUGAUGAUUCAGUUUUCAUUAUUGUGGUCGACAUUGGCAUGCUAGACCAUGGCACAAACAGAUGGAGAGAACAGUUAAAUUUCCUUGACAAGUAUUAUGGGAGAGCAAAGUUUGCUUGGAUACUAAACCAUGAUACCUCCAAUGCUAUUAAGAUGGUCCUUCGCAACAAAGGGCAUGUUUUGAUGGUUAAUAGACCACUGUACAAGGCAAAAAUGAUUCAGAUUUUGGACGCAACAAUUAAGGAGAAAAAACUCGAGAAGCACAAGAUAACUAACACUGAGAAAGCUGUGAUAAAUGAAACAGAUUGUCAGUAUGAGGUACCCAGUUCUGAUAAUUCUGAUAGGUCAGAAGUGGAUACUAUCUACCCAAGUGAAUCCCACAGUAGAGACAACCUAUGUUCUGUUAAGGUCCUUAAUGAACAGAAAUCUCUUAAAGGCAUACGUAUACUACUAGCAGAAGAUACAUCAGUUCUCCAGAGAGUUGCUACGAUAAUGUUGGAAAAGUUAGGGGCUAGUGUGGUGGCUGUGGGAGAUGGAAUUCAAGCCUUGGAUGCUCUAAAUAUUACACCAAAUACAAAUGGGUAUAAGAGAAGAUCUUCCUUGGAAGAUGGCAAGACAGGAACUCAAACUCAAAGAGGGGAUUGCCUCCCGUUUGACCUGAUUCUAAUGGAUUGUCAGGUAAGAUAUUAA